CGUCCCCGUCGAGGAGUACGUUCCGGACGGCGACGCCGACGGCGGGUCGAUCGACGCGCUCAACGAGAUCUCCGACCUCGACGACGAGAUGUCCUUUUUGCAGGCCAAGUCGCGGCUCGUUGCGGCAAUCACCGAGCAGUACCCUUCGGAGGACUGGCUCCGCCUUGAAAAGCUGUCUCUUGCCGCUCGCAGGCUCGAUAAGCUGCGCGACCUCGACCGGUUCGUGCUGCACCUGCGUGUGCUCGACGCGAGCGAAAACGAGCUCACGCACACAGAGGGCAUCCCCAAAUCCAUCCAGGUGCUCAAGGCCAGCGCCAAUGCCUUUUCCAGCAUGAGCAUGUUCAAUUUCGACAACUUACAGGUUCUUGAGCUGCGCAACAACCGGCUCACAAACCUGCGCGGCCUCAAACUGUACAACCUGAGCAUGCUGGACGUGUCAUACAAUGCAAUUGACAGCCUGCAGGGCCUGCAAAAUCUCAAGAUGCUCAAGAGCCUGAAGUUGGCGGGCAAUAAUCUCUCCGGGAGCGUUGAUUUUGGCUCCCUCGACAUGUUGCAGGACCUCGACGUGGACGAGAACGGUAUUUCCGACAUUUGCGGCCUUGACGCGCUGCCCGCGCUCACCUCCGUGUCUGCGAACCGCAACAAACUAGCCGGCUUCCGCUGCAGCAGCAGUUCAUUGCGUCGACUGUGUCUGAGCUACAACAACAUCAAGGAGCUGGACUUGGAGCCUUUGACGGAGCUGCGUGUGCUGAAAAUUGACCGCAACCCGCUGGCGUGUCUUUCCGGCCUCUCGGACAAGCUCGUACAGGUCUCUGCCAAAUAUCUUCAGUCGCACGCUAGCAACGACGUGCUUUUGGCGCCGCUCUACAGACUGCAGAAACUGAACCUUUGCGGCAGUCUUUUUCCCACUAAAGGCUCUCUGUCCGCCAUCACGGUGCUCAAUCUGUCCGCGAUGAAUCUCGAGACGGUGCCCGACCUUGCCAAAUGGUUUCCGAUGCUGACGGACCUCGACCUCAACUUCAACAAGAUCCACUCGCUCUCAGGCCUUUCCGGACUGCGGUUCCUGCGCGAGCUCAAACUUCUGAGCAACAGCAUCAGAGACCUCGCGUCGCUCGUGCCGCACACACGCUCUUUCCGCAAGACACUCAAGCUGCUGGACUUACGUGUGAAUCCAGCCACCCACGGGCUGUAUCCAUACGUCUUCUACGACGACGAGCCGGACGACGAGUCUGCCGCGGAGAUGACACUAAACCUGAAAGACCACGAAGACAUCGAGGCGUUCUCGGUGGAGUACACGAAGCUUUACGAGAAGGACGCAAUGGAGAGCUGGACGCAGAAAAACGCGGGAUAUGUGCAGCAGAUCGAGGAAUCGCGUGCAUUGGCGAGACGAACGUACGAGAGCACGCUGAUUGGCUGGUUCGAGAAUAUCAACUAUCUGGACGGGCUGUGGGUGAGCUACGAGAGACGCGAAAGAGAGCGCCGGCAUCUGAGGUACGGCUGAUGACGUAAUAGAGGGCAGUGCGGUGUAAGAGCAUGCUGGCGGUGUCACUCUCCGUCAACGGUUUCUUGAACUGUCACGUGGUUUUCGCGUAGCAAUUUUCGCCUGGCAAAAAAACACUAAAUUUAAUUCACCAUGGCCACUGCACAAGAGCUCGUCAAACAGCACAGAUUUCUGAUGCUCUCCAAGUCGUGGUGUCCCGACUGCCACUAUGCCAUUGCCGUGUUCAAGAAGUACAACGUGCUGGACAAAAUCACGCUGGUGGAGCUGGACAAAAUGCCUCCUAAGGAGGCUGGCGAGCUAGAAAAACAGUUCACCGCACUUUCCGGCCGCAAAUGGGUGCCGACGAUUUUCUUUAACGGCGAGGUGUUUGGAACUGAGCAGACCUUGAAAGAGCUGGAAUCUAGAGAUAUGCUGCCGGGCGCAUUUGAAAAAGCGGGUUUGAAAUAAAUCUCCACUCGGAGAGACGGUUGUGCAAUAUAUUAGUAAUAAAUACUAUUGGAUGCCCAGAGAGGGGGAGUCCCUGUAGUCCUCUUUGCCGAGGAGACAUCGCUCGUACCCCGUGUAGACUGGGGUAGGGAGGGGGUGUGUAUGGCCGUCUACGGUUACUACAAACGGUAGUCUGUGCACCACAGAGGCGAGCCUGGCACCCAGGUGGUUGCGAAAGGCAGGGUGACUUUUUCCCAAAGUGGGGUAAGGCACGUACUCCGGCGGGGUGUUCUUGGGCGGCGCACGACCUUACGUCACCUCGAAGGUGCCAGUAAGGUAUCCAGCAACGGUUCCCAGCAACGUUGUCAUGGAAGGUAGCAGCAGGUCAUGCGCAUACUCCGGCAGUCUGCGCCGCGAGCGAUGCCCGUCGCAGCCCCCCACUAUGGCCAUGUUUCUGACGCCGGAGCCCGAGCGAUCGUAGCCUCACCCCCUCUUCUGCACACCCUGCCUCAGCCUACCCCACUUCCUCAAGGUCCUAGCCGUGGAGCAAUUUCAUUGGAGGUAGUGCCCUUGGACCGUCCAGCAGGUCAUCUGGUGCAGAGCUGCAUAAAUUGAGGGGCCGCAGUAUAAAUACGCUGCCUCCCGCAUUCAUUGCAACCUAGUACUCUUUUCCCAUCAUGCUCAGAACCUCUCUUAGAUCUUUGGCCAAGCCAGCCUCCAGAGUUAGCCUAAGAUACUAUUCUUCUUACCCGCUGUCCACCACUGUGACGCUGCCUAACGGAAAGUCCUAUGAGCAGCCUACCGGUUUGUUUAUCAACAACGAGUUUGUUCCUUCCAAACAGCACAAAACGUUUGAGGUGAUCAACCCCGCCACCGAGGAGGAGAUCUGCCACGUUUACGAGGCCAGAAAGGAGGACGUCGAUGUUGCUGUCGACGCCGCAGAGAAGGCCUUCAAGGGUUCUUGGAGCACCGCCGACCCUGCUAUUCGUGGCAAGGCCCUGUGGAACCUGGCCGAGCUGCUCGAGGCUCACAAGGAUACCCUCGCCGCAAUUGAGUCUCUCGACAACGGUAAGGCUCUGCAGCUGGCCCAGGGUGACGUGGCGCUCGUGAUCAACUACAUCAGAUCGUGCGCUGGCUGGGCCGACAAGCUGACCGGCCAGUACAUCGACACGGGCGAUACCCACCACACUUACACCAAGAGAGAGCCUAUUGGAGUGUGUGGCCAGAUCAUCCCAUGGAACUUCCCUCUUUUGAUGUGGUCCUGGAAGGUUGGUCCUGCUCUGGCUGCAGGUAACACUGUGGUGCUGAAGACGGCCGAGAGCACGCCAUUGUCUGCCCUGUACGCUUCGCAGCUCGUCAAGGAGGCCGGAAUCCCAGCCGGAGUGGUGAACAUCGUGUCCGGAUUCGGUAAGAUCACGGGAGAUGCCAUUGCCAGCCACCCUAAGAUCAAGAAGCUUGCCUUCACCGGCUCCACCGCAACUGGAAGACACAUCAUGAAGGUUGCUGCCGACUCCAACCUCAAGAAGGUGACCCUGGAGCUUGGAGGAAAGUCUGCCAACAUUGUGUUUGACGACGCUGACGUCAAGACCGCCAUCAGCGCCCUCGUUGCCGGUAUCUUCUACAACUCCGGAGAGGUGUGCUCUGCCGGAUCCAGAGUGUUUGUCCAGGAGGGUAUUUACGAGGAGAUCCUCAGGGAAUUCAAAGCUGCUGCAGAGACGCUCAAGGUGGGUGACCCAUUCGAUCUGUCCACUUUCCAAGGUGCCCAAACUUCCCAGAUGCAAUUGAACAAGAUUCUCGGCUACGUCGACAUCGCCCACCAGGAAGGAGGUAGACUCAUCACCGGAGGUGAGAGGCUGGGCAACAAGGGAUUCUUCGUCAAGCCAACGAUCUUUGCCGACGUGACCCCAGACAUGAGAGCAUACAAGGAGGAGAUCUUUGGACCAUUUGCCGUGAUCACGCCAUUCAAGACCGCCGACGAGGUGAUCGAGCUGGCUAACGACUCCGAGUACGGACUUGCUGCUGGUGUCCACACCAAGUCGCUCGACACCGCCACCUACGUCUCCAACAAGCUUGAGGCCGGCUCUGUCUGGAUCAACACUUACAACGACUUCCACCAGAUGGUGCCAUUCGGAGGAUACAAGCAGUCCGGUAUUGGCCGUGAAAUGGGUGCCCAGGCUCUGGACAACUACACCCAGUGGAAGGCUGUGAGAAUUGGUCUUCAGAAGCCAACUUAAGAUGCCGACUAGGCUAGUAACGUAUGUAAGAAGAAUUCAGGUUGAUGCAACAAUUAACUUAUUCCUUGCUUAUGUAACCACUUGUUCUCGCUACGCUCCAGACUUUUUUGUGUCCCGUUUGCGCAAAACAUAAACAAAGUAAAAAAUAUCAAAAUAAAAACAAUAACGUCAACCCUUCUCAUCCUUUGCCAGCAUGUUUUCCACGUUGGUGGAGAAUUUCCAAGAGAAUGAGCCUCUUUUCGACCAUCCAUUGCUCUUCCCGUCGCCGUCCGAGUCCGAAAUCGCCCAUUUCCAGAACGACAGGCUGCUCCAGGGCACCAUCGAGUCUGCCGUUUGCCAUCUAACGUCUCCCGGAUCGAUCGACUACCAAUCUCUGGUCGACUUCUUUCUGUCGUAUAGGGAGUUCAUAGAGGCGUUGCCGCUGCUCGAACUGCUGCUUUGCCGGCUCACCUGGGCCCUCAAACGGGCCAACAACAUUUCUGCCUUGGAGAACAAUACCCAAGCUCCGCCAAUGGGGCAGGCAUUCUACUCCGCGAUCUUAGUGCGCACCUUUGUGAUGCUACGCCAUUGGCUACUCAACCAUUUCCCGGAUUUUGUCAAGGAUAGACGUCUCAGACAGCUGCUCUGUGGAGCUCUCAACGAGAUCGCCACACGGGACGAGUUUCGCGGCGAACCCGAUUCGCUGUGCACCAAGGUGAUUGUCGACCUUAAGAAGUUGUAUGCCCGCAUGUGUUGCGUGUACUGGGACACCGGCGACGUGGUGGACGGUCUGGCCGAUGCGGUGAAUGCGCACGAGAACGCCCGUAAUAUGCGUGUGAGCGCGCUGGGUUUGCAGCAUCUUAGGGACAAGAACGUGCGCCGGUCGCAGAUCUUGUCGGUGGUGGAAGGCAGCGGCUCCCACGCCGAGGAAACAGCGAUUUUGCAUCCCAAAGCGUCACUCAACUGUCUCGCAAACCAGUCGCCGCUUUACGACGAGAUAUUGGGUGACGUCAAGGCCACGCCGAUCCAGGGCGUGCGCAAGCUGAGCCAGCUGAUGGAUCAGGAAGACAAAGAAAACGGAUUUUGUUUGAAUGGCAAGGUGGACGUUUUUACAGAGAGCAAGGUGGAGAGGAUCACGCCGACAACGCCGCUGAAGAAACUGGUUGAGCCUAAGCAGAAACACACCCACGGCUCGCGAAAAACACGAAAACUGUUCCAUCUAUUUAGCAAGCCCGAAACAACGCGUGCAAAGACAGUGGUGAGCGAAAUUCCAUUGUUGGGGUCGGACAACGUCGACCUACUCAGUUCCAGAGUGAUCGCCGAGUUCGGCAACUACCAGGAACAAGCACAGUCGCGCCGACCGGUUCCCAAGGCAGCAGCUGCGCCAGCUGCACGUGAUUCAUCGGAGCUGUUCAGCGCCGAAGUUUACAACCAAUCACCAACAAAGGGGAAAGAAAAGCGUACGGUGGACGACACAGAAGAGAUUUUGAACGCGAUCAACCAUUCAAACGGCUCGUUUAGAACGCCUUCUGUGAGCAUCAACUGGUCUUCGUUUGCUGACGGCACCGUCAUGGAGGCCGACGUUGAGCGCAUCUUGGAGCAGAGAGAAGAGCCGAGCGACACCUCGGCCAAGUCUUACAUGUCUUACGACUCGGAUCUUUCAUCCCGUCACUCGCGACAGUCCAGCGGACACCACAUGCUAAGAAAAAAACUGUCAUUCUCGAACUUGAGGGAACAGGAGCAUGAGCAGGAAAGAGAAGAGAAGACGGAAGAAUCGGAUCCCGAAAUGCCCCAGAUAGACGAGACCACCUCGCAGCCUACGCUCUAUCUCUACGAGCUUCCAUUUUUCGGCACAUCCCUCCCCCACGAAGACGAUUUCGAGUACGAAACAGAAACGGCCUCCAUAAUACUGUCCGGGUCGUACCGUCUUCCGUACCCCGGCAUCUCCGAGAACGCCAUUGCCGAGCUGGCCGCCAUUCCAGACGAAAAAUACACCGACAACCCAGUCAACCACGCAUUGCUCAAGCUCAGAGGACAGCAGCCGGCUGCACAGCCCCAGGUGGUGUACGGACUAAAUGACGAGCACUCGCAGGAGUCGGACUCCAGCCUGGACGAGGUCAAGCUUGAACGCAAGGUCCGCGACCUCUUUAUCCAGCCAGCAGCCACGAAAACAGAACAAAAGGCGCCAACACCGUACCGUUUCUCGGUAGCACGGCAUUCUGUUGCUAGUCACGUUUCCAAAUUCACGCUCCAAUCCUUGUCAAACACGCCCAGCAGGACGCUUGCAGUUCCUUCCGGACUAUCUGUCGAGGAAAUUAUGUACAAGGGCACGCACGUUCCGUUUAUUCUGGGGCACGAGUCGCACGUGAUUGCCAAGCAGCUGACCCUCAUCGAGCGGGACUUUCUGCUCGAAAUCGACUGGCACGAGCUGAUAGACCUGGAAUGGGACAAGCCUCUGGAGCCGUACAACUCGUGGCUCAGACUGCUGUUCGACGAGCAGUCCAAAACAGGGCUGCGGAUGAUCACCCUGCGGUUCAACCUGGCCACCAACUGGAUCAUCUCUGAGAUUCUGUUGUGCAAGUCUGUUGCUCUGCGAGCGCUCACGCUAUCGCGAUUUAUACACAUUGCCAACAACUGUCUCAAGAUGCAGAACUACUCCACCCUGUACCAGAUUGUGCUGGCUCUGAACUCAUCGAUCAUCAAGAAACUAAAGGGCACAUGGAACGCGGUGGACGUGGGCGACCUGCUGCUCUUCAAAAAACUUAAAGACCUGUGCAGCCCAGAACGCAACUUUGCCAACUUCCGUGCCGAGCUGCGGCAGAUCCGUGCGUCCAAGGGCAUCAUCCCAUUUUUGGCGUUGGAUUUGAGCGACCUCACCGUCAACAGUGAGCGGCCAACCACGACCGUCGCAGAAUACGAAUUGAUAAACAUCGACAAAUUCCGCGUCUCAUGCGGUAUACUCAAGAACAUGCUCCGCAACAUCGAGUACUCGAAAAUCUACAGUUUCCAGAAACACCCGCAACUGCUGUCCAAAUGUCUGUACAUUAGCUGUUUGAGCGAGCAGGAGAUGGAUUAUUGUUACAGCCAUCUAGAAGAGUGAGUUUCAGUAUAUGCUGAUUAUCAAGACCACCACGCUCAGCAGCGCUAGAAGCAGCAUGUUGUGCUGCACUCCACGAGCGAUGAUUUCGCUUUUUUUCUGUCCCUCGACAACGCGGAGGUCGGCGUCAAAAAUGUCCAGUUUCGCUUUGCUGACCUCCAACUCGCGCUUGACCACGUCCAGCCGCGAGUUGAGGUCGUUUAGGUUGCUGAAUAUGUCGCUCGUGCACAGCUGGUCGAUCUCCUGUUCUUUGGCCCCCAGCACGUUCAAAAAGCCCGUCAGAUUGUCCAGAUUUUCCUCCAGAUGUCUGUUCAGCAGCUCCAGAUCCUGCGUGCGGAAGUUGAGCUCCUUCAUCAGGUUCAUAUUUUCUGUCUCGAUGCUCUCAAGCCGCUUGUCGACGUUGUCCGCCACGAGCGACUCGAGCUCCUCGAACUUGGACCGCACUUGCAGACACACGCUGGCGCUGCGUUUGCGGCCAAUUUUCGAGAUGGUCGGGCCCAGCACUUUGGUGGGCGAGAUCUGGUCGGAAACGCUCGGCACGGACAGAUAAUGUCGGUGGUUCGAGCCCUGGAUAUUGACAAGCGAGGCGGAGCGGUCGAUGCUUCUAUGCGGCGUGUUGUGGCUCGUGUUGCUGGGCGUGACGUACAGCGACGGCACCGACGGCACCGACUGCUGCGAUCCGGCAGACACGAAGCCGGGGCGGUCGACGACGAUCUG